AUGCGUCUCUGCUGUCAAGGCAUGUCAUCAACUACGCCAGCACCAUAUUUUCCAAAAGAAUGUGGUAAACAAUUAUACACACCAUUGGGACAAAGUAUUAUUGGUGGUUCUGUUGUACAACCACAUUCAUGGGUAAUCGGUUGGGGAAAAACAUCAGUAAACGGUGAUAUAAGUGCAGUACUGAAACAAACAGAUUUGAAUGUAAUGAGCUGUCGUGGAUUUUGGGCUUCAUCAAAGUAUGAUACUCAAAAACAAAUGUGUGCCGCCACAGCGAAAGCUGGGCAAUAUAAUGGUGAUUCUGGUGGUCCCUUGAUGUAUAAGAACAAUGAACGAUGGUAA